ACGAGCGUCGCGCGAUAGCAUAGAUCGGGAGCUGUCGGUGUCGGCGCGGUAUAGGAAAAGAGAGGGGCCGAGAGAGAUGUUCCCGAUCGGCGGCCGGGCAGCGAGGGGGAUAAAGCGGCGAGGGGGAUAGAGCCGCGCGCGAUAGAGGAACGCAGAAAAGGGAGAACACGCGUGUUCCCGAGUGCAGUGUGUUCGAUCGCAGUCAGCCGGCGGCUCGUUUUAUGCGGCCGCUCACUACCGUCGUCGCCGUCGCCGUCGCCGUCACCGUCGCCGUCGCCGCGCUCUCUCGACCCCCGCCGUAAAUUUCGCCCGACAGACUGCCAUGUCCGCGACAAUUCCGCCCGCGCAUCCGUACCAGUGAGCACGCGUUCGAAUCGCCGGGGACCGGUUUGAAUGGACGCGGACCGAUUCGCUCGACAUCGAGCUGUUCCGAGUGCCGGUUGAACGGAAGAGAUCAUCGCUACGUGCUGCAGCCGGUGCCGGACUAUUUACAACCGGAGUCUCUACUAGUUUUACCUGCUGUCUCUCUACACGUCGACCUCGCGUGGCGCGGUGCUGGUCGUCGUUCCCUUAUGUUGAAUUAAUCGGCGAGCGUUCGGCCACUGAUACAUCUCGGGGCACUCGACGAGCUCAAACGAACCGCCGCGCUCACCACCAUGGAGGUAUUGUUGCACGAGGCGAGCAACGGCCAGGGAACGAACGGAACUACCGCCGGGAGCUACGCCGCUGGGAAACAGCUGGUGGCCAGAGAGAAACUGGAAGCCGCGAGGAGCGCCGAGAAAGGGGCGCGCUUCAUGGAAACGGCCGCGGCCGACACCAUUGACAUCUCGUUCGACAGAAUCACCUAUACGGUGUCGCUCGGCUUCAGGAAAGGUCAGAAAGAGAUACUGCACGGAAUCAACGGAAGACUUCCGACGAGGAGGCUGACGGCCUUGUUGGGCCCGUCCGGGGCAGGGAAGUCGACUUUGCUGGACGUUCUCUCGGGUUACAAAACGACCGGCGUGAACGGCAACGUUUGCGUGAACGGCCAGACGCGGGACAUGCACGCAUUCCGGAAAUGCAGCACGUACAUCACGCAGGACGAUCGGCUGGAGCCGUUGUUGACGGUCGUUGAGAACAUGAGGGUGGCCGCUGACCUCAAGCUGUCGACCAAGAUCCCGCGAUACGAAAAGGAGACGAUAAUCGCGGAGAUUCUUAGGACUCUGGGCCUGCACGAGCACGCACACACGAGGACGGAGAGGCUGAGCGGAGGUCAAAAGAAGAGACUGUCCAUCGCUCUGGAGCUGGUCAACAAUCCUACCGUUAUGUUCCUCGACGAGCCGACCACAGGUCUGGACAGCUCGUCCUGCAUGCAAGUGGUGAAUUUGCUGAAGCUGUUGGCGCGUCAAGGAAGAACGAUUGUCUGCACGAUACAUCAGCCUAGCGCGUCCUUGUUCCAGCUAUUCGAUGUGGUUUACGUAUUGGCGAAAGGCGAGUGCUUAUACCAUGGCACGACCGACAAGCUGGUGCCCUAUUUGGAAUACAUCAAGCUGCCCUGUCCUAUGUAUCAUAAUCCAGCCGAUUACAUUAUUGAACUGGCUUGCGGCGAGUACGGAGAGGACAAAGUGGCAGUCCUGGUGUCAAACUCCCAAAACGGCAAUAACAUCGGAUGGUUCAACAGUUUAGACGUCAUGGAUGCAACAAGUUUGAGAGCGUUGCAUCCCUCGAGGAAGAACAUCGACGCGGACGAUAACGACAGUCUGCAAGCGACCUCUUUGGCGCAUCAGAUCAAGAUCCUAAUGCGCAGAGGCUUCCUCAAGUCGAAGAGGGACACGACUCUGACACACUUGCGGAUCAUGGUCAACAUAUCUGUGGGUUUAAUGCUCGGCUCCGUGUUCCUUCAGACCGGCAUGGACGGUGCCCGAGUCUUGGACAACUACAAUCUCCUAUUUUCCAUUCUAAUACAUCACAUGAUGACCACGAUGAUGCUCACCAUAGUCACUUUCCCCAUGCAAAUGAGCAUACUGCUGAAGGAGCACUUCAACAGAUGGUACAGCCUGAAAGCGUUCUACACGUCCCUAACGUUAAUCGAUCUGCCGCUCUCCGUGUUCUGCUGCCUAAUUUUCACGGUGAUAGUGUACUUCCUGACGUCCCAACCGCUCGAGAUCACACGGUUCUCGAUGUUCUUCGCGAUCAGCUUGCUGAUAGCGUUUAUAGGCCAAGGAACCGGUCUCAUGAUCGGAGCAGUAUUCGACGUAGUUAAUGGGACGUUCCUGGGGCCGACGUUAUCGGUGCCAUUGAUGAUGUUCGCCGGAUUCGGUGUCUCAUUAGGCGAUAUACCGAUUUAUCUGAAGUGGGGCACGUACGUCAGCUUCCUGCGAUAUGGCCUGGAAGGGUUCAUAUGUGCCAUAUACGGCUACAAUCGGCCGCUGUUAGACUGCAAAGGGAACACGAACUUCUACUGCCAUUACAAAUAUCCGUCGAAAUUCCUGUCGGACAUCACCAUGGACGCGAGUCAGUUCUGGAACGACAUAGCGGCACUGGUCACGAUACUUAUCUUAACGCGAAUCAGCGCUUAUCUUCUCCUCAGAUUGAAGAUCGUUGCUCUGCGAUAAAUCUCGAUCCUAAGAGUGACCUUGUAUCUUGACUGUCCAUCGUGAUACUAAUGCGUAACAUAUAUCGACGGUUGUAGGCAGAGACGAUGCGAAAGAAAUCUAUCAUUUUUCUUCUUCUGUUUCACGCGGUAGUUAGCAUAAUUUAAUCGAAGGCGCGAGAUCAGCUUGGUGCGCGGCUAAAAUGUAUUCUGCAAUAUCUUCGAGAGCCUUGUUAACGUCGACUCGCAAGGGAACAUACAAAAAAAGAAAGAAAAAAGAAAAGAAAAAGCGUCCGACAAUACGCUUACAUCACCGAGCAGUGAAACUCUGUAUUUUUCAUUUCUGUAGAUUUCAAGUCGACGUUGUUUCGGUAUGUUUCCUUGUUUUCGACCAGCCGGUUGCUGUUAGGAUUGGACCAACGAUUGCGUGCUAAACGUUAGUUACCAAUGGCUAUUGUAAUUAUUAAGGCAUUUAAAUUGUUAAUAGCUUUACGCGUUACUCGUACUGCGAACGCGAACAACGAAUUUUUGAGAGAAAACGAACGCAGACAGUGUAUAAAAUGGUUCCAGAGACGGAAUAUGUACAGGGGGUCCCAGAAAUGUCUCUCAAUCCGAAAGUAGGGGAUUCCUGAGGUCGUUUGAAGCAACUUUUUCC